UUUGCUAAAUGUUUGAUCGUAGAGACUACUCCUAUCUGCCGGAAAUAUCAGACAAGCAGCGGACGCGCUCACUGUUUUGGAUCUUCGUUUAAAUUUGGACAAACUUCGAAUGGAAUUGGUCUUGUUUAUGGAGUCGAAUGAAACCGACAGGAACGCACAGUGAUAAUUUCUUAACGAUUCUUAACUACGCUGCAAUCAUUUUCCCCUGGGUGGUUCGAGUAGUUUCUCGCUUUAGACAGAUCACCAGAUCUACUCUUUCACAUUAACAAAUGAACAUACAUACAUAUUUAUCAUUGCAUUAACCAAGCUUCAAGCACACACUGAUGAAACCGCUUAAGAAACGCAAGAAAAAAAGUGAAAUUCCACCACACGGUCUAGCGAGACUGAUUGGCGCAACGAUGCAAAAAAUUGCCACAGCACAGAGCCCACGGCACAAUUUGUCGCCACUCCACUGCCUGUGGCACUAAGUAAUCCCACAGUCCACAAUCCCCCAAAAGCAUUAUUAUAAAGUCGAUGACAUCGCUGCCGGGCGAGCUUAGUCAUAAUGUGGACCACCAAACGGAAGGUUCAGGCAGCGUUGGGCCUGUGGCUGAAUCUCCUCUCAAUGGCACUGGCUGAAAAGUCCAUCGAGUAUUCAGCCAGCAACAUCGAUUCGGACAGCUCGGCAUCAGGCAAAAGUUUCGAUCCCCCGGAAGUGCUCUACAGAGGCGGUGGCGGCCACUCCUCAGAGUCACAAGCUGCUUCAGGGCUACACCCCUCGUUGGGCAGGCUGGGUGAGAGCCUAAACGAGGCCUACGGCAAGUGGCGUCAUGGGGCUGGAUCUGGUGCUCAGGAGCGCAUUAUUGUGGGACACUAUGGAGGCGGAUUAGCAUCUCAUGGACAAAACCACGUUAGCUUUGAGAGCAACACCCAUAGCCAUUCUCCAUAUCCCUAUAAGUACAACACACACAGCAGCCAUGGGGGAACUGUUGGGGCUGGAACUGGAGCUGGAGCUUCACCCUAUUAUGGCAGCUCAAGUGGCGAAACUGCUGGCAUACCAUUCGAUGUCUAUGGAACGCGUCAUGGCGCUGCCCUUGGCCAUGCCCAUUAUUACGCGCCUGCUGGCCCGGAAUAUGCCUAUCACUACCCUGUGGAGUCGCUUGAGAUAGCCACGCACAAGGGCCACGGGCACAGCGAUAUCUCGUCGAAAGCCCUGCUGGCCAAGAGUUUCCUAAUACCGCUGGCAAGUGCGGCUGUCCUGGGCAUUGCGGCCGCAUUGGUAAGUAAUCCGCUGCUGCUGCAACUGGGCACUGUGUCCGGAUUGGGACCGGCGAUAGUCGGCAAACGCAAACGACGUUCUGUAAGAACGCCGUAUCGACUAUCUGACAAAUGGUAACACAAUGCGGUUAAAAGAUAUCCCAUUAAUUCAUUCAAUAAAUAUGCCAUUCAU